CCAGUUGUAUAACACGUUUAUAAAACUGUCGCAUUACACAAGUUGUUAUGUAGCUAUAUAGGCUACUUUAUAUCGGCACCAGGAAGUGUUGGACCCUGAGCUCAAUGGUCGCAACGACUAGACUCCGUUUGAUUUGGCGUCAUUUUACCCACAGUAGAACGAGAGAUAUGUCUUCCAAAACACAGAUGCCGACUCCAGAGACCGCUCUCCCCGGGAGAAGUGAAAGUUUAAAAGUAUCAGCCAAGCACGAUGUCAACGGCAACAGGACCGUACCACCAUUCCCCGAGGGACUGCAGAUGGCUAUGUUUGGGAUGGGCUGUUUCUGGGGUGCAGAGAGAAAGUUCUGGAAGCAGAAGGGAGUCUACUCCACCCAGGUGGGCUAUGCUGGAGGCCUCACCCCCAACCCCACCUACGAAGAGACCUGCACAGGUAGGACAGGCCAUACUGAGGUGGUGCGGGUGGUCUGGGAGCCAGAGAAGACAAGCUUCUCCAAACUGCUCAAGGUGUUCUGGGAGAGCCACAACCCAACUCAAGGAAUGCGUCAGGGCAACGACGUAGGAGCGACCUAUCGAUCAGCCAUCUACACAUACACACAGGAGCAGCUUGAACAGGCUCUGGCCUCCAAAGAUGACUAUCAGAAGGUCCUGAUAGAGGGGGGCUUUGGAGAAAUCACCACAGAGAUAGCCGGGAGCCAGGAGUUCUACUAUGCUGAGGACUACCACCAGCAGUACCUCAGCAAGAACCCCGGCGGAUACUGUGGCCUGAGCGGCACCGGAGUCUCCUGUCCAAUAGGACUCAAGAAAUAACCACCUCUGUCCAAUAGGGAAUGACCACCAACCUCUGAUUGUCUGAUUUUGACUAGGAAAUGUAAAUACGCAUUUUCGCUUGCUCAUUGCAAAAUAAGUCUAUUUUCUAGUAAGUUAAAUGGAAGUCACCUUAAUUAUGAUGCAGUACUGAAGCAUAUUCAGGGUUUAUAUAAAAACAGUCCGUAUCUGAGUCUUGUAUUAAUUUAAGUAGUUUGGUAAUCAAGCACUACACACAUAAGACCUGUUUAAAUGAAUGCACAUUCAGGUUUUAGUGUACAUUGUCUUGUUUGAAUCAAAUCAACUACAGUAUGUACAUCUGAUUGAACUCUGUGGUGUGUGCUGGUGGAUUAAAUGAUGAAGCGGUGUGUUGAUA